AUGAAUAGCUGGUUCUCGUCAAGUAGCAACGCUGGAGAGGCUCACCAUUCUCGCAGCGGCUGGUCACCCAUUCCCACCGGCACCGUCAGCAAUCAGCCGCCUUCCAGUCGUCGUGAACAUGCGGUGCAGCCUCCUCCCCUUACGACAGCAUUGAGUGGUCAUCAGUUCCAGGGAUUGGGCGUUGCUUUGGGUCCAGGCUACGCCUCGACUCCUUUGUCGACGACUUCGCUCUCCAGCCCUUUCACUCAGAGUCAGUCCCCGUGUGUGUCUUCUCCCAGCAGCGCUGCUGUUGCACCAUCGCCCAUGGCGUCCAGACACUAUAAUGUUCCUUACAAUCCUCGCGAUUGGGGUCCGGUCAAUAGCAGCUCGUCAGCAAACUCCGGACAGUCUGCCUAUCCACAUUCUAGCAGUUCCAAUAGCUUGCGUCGAAGCGUGCAUCGUCCGCCGCAAAAUGACCCAGACGUUCUAUCGCCUCCGCCCCCGCCGUACUCACCACCAAGCCAUCAACAUCAACAGCAAUCAUCGUGGGAUGCCGCUCACCACAACUCGAUCAGGGAAACACCUUCCGGUGCAGCCCCUCCAUAUCCUGGACCAAGCAACAUGAAUGCUGAACCUAUGGUGAACGGUCGACAGCGCAGUGUUCCUGGUCCUCGCCCACUAUCGAUGGUCCACAUGGGCGAUGCAGGCCCUAGCUCGCAAGUAUCACUGCCUCCACCUCCGCCAUUGCCACAAGGAGGCCCGCCUCCAAGGUCGUCUUCUCAAAAUCGCCACGAUUUUUACCAUGGCAUGAGUUCUGGACCAUCGAUCAUGGUCUCGCAAGAGAGUCCGCAAUUCCCAACAACCGUGGACCAUAGGCACGCAGCAACUGGCUCACAGUUGGACCCUGUUGCUCCACGCCCGCCAACAUCUAGAAGGGCCGUUUCCGCAGGCCCAGUUGUGGGAAGUGCCAAUUCAUCAAAGGCUGGCAGUCAAUCACCGAGCCGCUCACCACCACCACCACCACGGGCCUGGGAGCCAGGAAUGCCCCUGCCACCACCUCCGCCGGGACCUCCACCAACUUCAAGGUCACGUAGCGUGUGUGGCUCACCAGAGGCGUCGUCAUCGAGGAAUAAUAUGAGUGUGCCCAUCAAGACAAGGGUGCGGGCGCCUCCGUCACUAGGAACUGGCUUGGAUAGCAUCCCACCUACACCUGCUGGCUGGGUAGACGAUGGAAUUCAGCAUGACAAGGGUAAGAAUUUGUCAACUGAAGCAAAUGGCGCAUCCCCGCUUUCUUAUACGGCAGCCAACUCAGACAAUUCUGUUCAUCCUUCGACAAGCCGUGGCAAUCUUCUCCGCAGUCCUGCUCUUCGAGAUCCUAGCGCCAAGGGCAUCCGAGAGAGGAGAAUUGAGCGCAGAAACCGCCAAAGCCAAGUCUUCGACGACCAUAAUGCCUUAUCUCCUAACAACGCGUGCGGUGAUGGUGUGGACCAAGUGAAACCCUCAAACCUCGUUCUUGCUGAUCCAAAUGGCGACUCUCGCGACUCUCGCGCUCCAUCAUCCGCAAAGUAUACACCGCGCAGUGCCCAAAGCGUCGAAUCGGAUACGCCGCAGUCAACCUCACGAUCGAGAGCUUCUUCAAUCGGCCUUUUUUCCAGUCGAUCCUCCUUCUCCACGCCCAGGGCUGAGCCUAGUCCAGCUGCGCCAACGCGUGGGUAUACACAAACCCCUCCUUUCUCGCCAGACGGAGAUCAUCCCUCCCCAUAUCCUAAAUCAAUGCCGCAGCCUUUGCCUCCAAAGGCACUCCCAACGCCGCCGCUGCAAUCUGCGCGAGAGGGAAAGAUGUCUUCCCGUCCUUCGUCUAGGGAAGAGCGUCCGGUAUCACAUGUGCGCCAUUCCUCCAAUGGUUCUAUGUCUUCAGAUUCCCCGAUAUUGCGGCAUCGCUCGUCAAUAUCGAAGGAGUCAUCACCGGAUCAUAUCAAGCGAGACACAGAUGGAUUCUUCCAGAACUCUAUACAACGACAUAAGGAUUUCAUCGACAAAGAAGCUAGCGCUGCGGACGAAGCUGAAGCGUUGAGACUCUUCGCUGAUUUCGUUAUUGCUGAGUCUCGCGUAAGGCGUCAUCGGUACUCACAGGCCUGGGACUCUGGAUCAUUUGACCACGAGGAAGUGCGCCGUAAACUUUUUGAGACACCACCGGUUCAACCACCGCCAGCCCCCGAACCCAUCAACGCAGCGCCAGCGGUUCUGCCAGUGAGGCGACCGUCCAUCGGGCCAAAACUCGACAUGUCCCAUGUCAGCCGACUUGAGCCUUCUUGGGGCAAUAGUUAUAAACCAUCUCUGUCCCCCAUUGCAAGUCUCAGCAUAAGCAAUGAUGAAAUGAGCUCACGCGGCCGCGCACCCAGCCGCUGGUGGGAAUCCAGGACUGGCUCAAGCAGUGAAGGAGAUGGACGCAAGGUCCACCGUUCGAAACAAGAGUCGAAAUACAUGGGGUUAUCGCCGGGGUCCUUGCAAGAAAACCAUCACCAACCUCCCUCCGAAAAUGAAGUGCCAGGCUACUCUCUGGACUCCUCAAUGGGCCAGUAUGCCGCGUACGGCCCAAAUGAAUACCCUCCAGAGAAAGUCGGUUGGCAUGAAGAGUUGGCGCCGCCACCUGAUCCAUAUAUGGCCAGUAGUAGUUAUGCUGGGCUACCUAAGAUGGACGUGUCACGGCUAAUUACCCUCCCUCCGCCGUACCCGCGUCAUUAUCCUGCUGUCAAUAACAACCAUCCAGACUUGGUUGGAUACCGGACGUUGGUCCGAUCAAUUAGUGAUCUCUCCGAGAUCAAAGCCAUGAGACAACGACAUGACGCGGAAGUUGACCGCUUAUCCCAAGACCACAAGGAACGAACCCGUGAAUGCCGUCGCAUGUUCAAAGCCAACACGCAAACACAGAUUCAGCAAGGUAGCAUUACCUUUUCCGAAGCCGCUGAGGCAGAAGCUGCACUAGUCCUGGAAGAAAACAAACUCGACAGAGCACUGGCGAAACAAAUCUUAGAUCUUUACCAGGCUUCUGUCCUGGAGCCGACGCAUGGCAUACUCACUGAUCGGAUAUCACGAGCUACAACUUGCAUUGAUGAACUGAGUAGCAAGCUAUUUGAUGAUGCACAGCAUGGAACUCCGGAUCAAGCUCAGGAGGAAGGUGACGAAAAGCCCGAACUGUUGGAGAAGCUCACGCAACUAAAGUGGCUAUUCGAAACCCGAGAAGUCCUGCAUCGAGAGAUGUACGACUUAGUCUGCGCACGCAACGAGAAAUACAGAACCGUCGUGGUCCUCCCCUACCGCCAGAAAGCCAACGACGAAAAGGUCCGUGAAACAAACGCCUUCUUCGACCAGGACGCACUAGACCGCCGCGCCCAAUAUGAGUCCAACACCCUUUCCCGCCUCGAAUCCUUCCUCGACGUAAUCGAAUCGAACGUCGUUCGAGGCGUGGAGGUCCAACUCUCCGCUUUCUGGGACAUCGCGCCCUCUCUUCUCACCCUGAUUGACGAAAUCCCACCAGACCUCAACGGCUUUGAAGUCCAAAUCCCUGCAAACGAAUACGAGGAAAACCCAAGCUACCACCGCCAUCCACUACAAUACCUCUACUCCCUCCUCUCGCACGCAGAAAAAUCAAGCUAUCAAUACAUCGAAUCCCAGACCAACCUCCUCUGUCUCCUCCACGAGGUCAAGUCUGCCGUAAUGCGCGCGAACUGCCAACUCAUUGAGGCUGAACGCACGAGGCAGGGCGAACCGGGCGAUGAAGUACAACGCGAGAUUAUGGAUACAAGGGCUAGUGAGGAACGGGCGCUCACGGCUGAUUUGAAGGAUAAGGUUUCUACGGUGGAGGUACAGUGGACGGAGGCGAUGGGAAGCCAGAUACAGGAGUUGAGGGAGAGGGUUAGGAUGCAGCUUGAGGCGGAGGAUGGGUGGGAGGAGAUGGAGGCUCUGGAGCAGACGUGA